AUGAUUAAAGAAAGCGGGCCUCUCGUCUCCUCGGAGCGGAGAACGGCCUGCUUCAGAACCGCGACGACUCCGACUCCCAGAAUUCCUCCGCCGGCACGGCCGUCGAGCAUUCUGGGAGUUGAAGUCGCCCGCUGGGAGCUGCGGGGCCGGGAAACGCGGGCAGCGCCUCCCCGGCCCGAGCAGCCGAGCAACCCGCCGCCUUUGCCGGACACCCAACUACUCCUCCUCCUCCUCCUCUCCCCGCGAGGGCGGCGGAUCAUCCCCGGGCGAGAAGCCUUGUUCCUCCCCGCCCCAGCCGGGACGGGAGUCGCACCCGGAGCCGUCCCUUCCGCCGGCCCCGCCGGAAACAAGCGCCUCGCGCGGCCAGGCUGGAGCUGCGCUGCGCUGCGCUGCGCGGGGCGACGCGCGCCUUCCGCCAUGCUGCGCUGCCCGUGGGGGGCCGGCGCGCGGCGCUGCCUCUCCGCCCUGCGCCCGCGGGCGUGGGCGUGGGCGUGGGCGGGGGCCGCGGCCGAGCGGGGCCCCGCGCUGGCGCCGCGCCUCUGGGGCUGGGGCGCGCGAGAGGCGCGCGGCGCGGCCGGGACACCCGGAGCCCGCGGGCCGCGGGAGCCCUUCCCGCUGGACGGCUUCGUGAGCCGGGACGUGCUGCUGUUCCGGCACGAGCGGCCGCGCUUCUUCCGCAACGUCGGCCUCUUCUGCGCCAGCCAGUUCGCCUUCUGGCUCUACCUGGCCCACUUCGCCUUCACCUCGCUGCGCGACACCGGCGCCGCCGCGCCCCAGCCGGCCUCUCCGCCCGGAGAAAACGCCCCUUCGAGGGCCUGGCUGGGCAACGCGCUCAACCUGGGCUCCGACAAGUGGCGCUACGGGUUCUCCGCCUCCUGCCUGGCCGUGGGUACGCUGAUCUUGGUGGCUGGCUUCCUCUAUGCCCGGCGCUCCGUUGCCCAGGUUCUGCUGCUCCGCGGGAGCCAGGAGGUGACUUUUACGACCUAUUACCUCUUUGGCUUCACUUCGUCCUUCACGGUGCCCCUCCGCCACAUCUCCUGUAUGUCUCAUCGCUCCGAGGUGGCUGCAAUCAUCCCGGUCAAGAUCAAAGGGAAACCCUUUUAUUUCUUGCUGGACAAACAGGGAGAGAUCGCCAGCACCCCGCUUUUUGACAUCACCGUGGGGGCCUAUCGCGAAUGGUGAGGUCCGGGUCCAGGUGCCACGAGGCCAACGCUGUGCCCUGAGGCUGCCAGAAGAGAAGGGAGGAAAGGUGGAGGUGUUAAAACCCAGCGUGAAUCCAGGCUCUUCCCUGCAGAUUUUGAAUUAUGUCCACACCCUUCCACUCUUUAAAUAAAUU